AUGCUCCAUUCGGCUUCUCGUGUCAACAUCAAGCAUGCUCUUAGAACCGGGACGGCCACGUUUCAUUCUGCCACACCGUCAAUGUCGUUCUACAACCGAUCCCGAGAAGUAAAACAUCUUUCUGAUAUAUUGAACGGCAAACCGGCUUUCACAGUGCUACUCGGCGCUCCUAGCUCCGGCAAAACUGCCCUUACUCAACACGUUGUCUCGCGAAAACGAGCAGACAACACCCCAGAGUUUCAUUCGUUGACCGUCGAUCUCCGCGCAGUGGGCUAUUUGAAGGGAAGCUUCAUGGAAGCGUUGGUAAACAAAUGCCUCGAUGAGAAAGCUCCUACCCGCUUCUGGAAGGAACUACUCGGCGGCUCUGUGAUCUCGUAUCCCGAUUUACGCCUCAAGUUCAGGAAUGAACUCAUCCACUCCUCAAACAUAGCCGGCAAAAUCUUUGAAGAAAUGGGUCAAAAACUUGAGCCAUGGUCGUUUUGUCCUGGGAGAAGACCCCCUGUUCUUGUAAUUGAAGAGGCGAAUGGCUUUAAAGAUAUAAAUGAUGAUGUAUGUCUGUUUAUUGACCGUUCAAAUGAUAUCUUUAUGUACUGA